AUGAUUGACAGGAAGCUGGAGCAGAAGAUUAACAUCAAAUUUUGUGUGAAAAUUGGCAAAAGCGUGAGUAAAACUUUAGUUCUGUUACAACAGGCUUAUGAUGAACAUUUCAUGAAUAAAUCAAAUGUUUUUGAAUGGCAUAGGCAGUUUAAGGAGGUGUGGGAAAAUGUCCACAACGAUGCAAGAAAUGGGCAGCCAGAAAUGCAAAGGACGAAUGUACAUGUGGACAGACUUCGAGCCCUCAUUUGCUCAGGUCAAAGAUUGAGUGUGCGAAUGAUGACAGAAGAAUUGAACAUGAACAGGGAAACAAGACAAAUCCUAAUGGAGGAUUUGGGAUUGAGAAAAUUUUCUGCAAAGAUGGUGCCUAGAAUCUUGAGAGAAGAAAGAAUGUUGUCUUCAAAUUUUAUCUGA